UUCACAUAAAUUUUUUCCACUAAGUGAGAUGUGCUCAGUUUGAUCAUCUGACAGUACAGUAAGUGAAGACAUGCUGUACACAGACCCCAGACUGAAGAUGCUGAUGUGGAUUACAGCGAUGCUUUUUAGUAAAACUGAUUCUGCGGAGAUAAAAUACGUCUCUCAGCCUGAUCCAUUGAUCACUGCUGAUGUUGGUGAUAAUGUGACACUGCACUGCUUUAGAGUGGGACAAGAAAGCACAGGAGCUAUUGUUUGGUAUAAGCAAAACAUUGGACAUGAGCCUCGUGUAAUGAUUACAUUUCAACACGAGCCCAAUUACGAAGAUGACUUCCGGCCUCCAAAAUUCAGCAUCGGGAGAGAUAAAACAAACUGUCAUUUGAAAAUCGCUAACGUGGAACCAUCAGAUGAAGCCACGUAUUAUUGUGGACGUCGAAAAUUUUUGACAGUGUUUGGAAAUGGGACAUUUUUAUCAGUGAAAGGUAAUGAAGAUGUAAAUGUCAUGGUGUGGCAGCGCGGCGUGUCAGACUCGGUUCCUGCAGGAGCCUCAGUGACUCUGCAGUGCUCGGUUCUCUCUGAGAGCAGAGCAGCAGAACUCCAAGUGCUCUGGUUCAGAGCUGCUCCACCACAAUCCCAUCCUCAAAUCAUUUACACUCAUCACAACAGCAGCCAUCAGUGUGAGAGCGGCUCUUCUACACACACCUGUGUGUACACCUUCACCAAGAACAUCCUCAGCCUCAAUGAUACUGGAACUUACUACUGCGCUGUGGCCCUGUGUGGGAAGAUCAUAUUUGGAAAUGGGACACGAAUACAGCUGGAGAGAUCUGUGGAUCCUGCAGUGAUCUGCCUCGCUGUUGCUUUAGGAGUGUGCGUGAUUGUGAUUUUCGCUUUAAUCUUUGCUCUAACCUAUGAAGGGACAAAUGGCGAUCAACACAUGGAUACAGUGAGACUCAAUCAAUGUUCUGUGACCCAAAAGACCCUUGACCAGGACUGUGACAUUGUGGAGGUGAAUUAUGCUGCCGUACAGUUCAAUGAGAGGAGAGCCACAAGAGGAAGAGUAAAGAAAGAACAGCAGAAUAUUGUAUAUUCUGAUGUGCGAGGUCUUUCUAUAAGUUAGAUUUAAUUAUGAAAAGAAAAGUCUUACUUUUUAUGAAAAGACUUAGUAUUAAAGGAAUGUGUGUGUUUUGUUUUGGUAUACUACAGCAAUUUGCAAUUUGUUUACCAUUUUUUAAUUGUUGCUGUUGCAUCUUUGCAUCGUUUCUUACUUUAACCAUCAAAAAGCAAGACACAUGUGGUCACACUAAUGAAUAAAAAAAAACAAAAUAAAAAAAAAAAAUAUAUAUAUAUAUAUUUGGUAACUAUUGAAGAUAAAGAAAGGCCUUAUAUCUAAGAAAUGUAUUUGUUUAAUUAAUAUUAUUAUUAUUCUUUACAAGGUUUCUUUGCUGAAGGUUUUGCCUUUAUAUGGAGAUGCAUUGAAAGUAACAGGGUUGAAUGUAGAAUUAGCAAAUACACAAAAAGAAGUGAAGUAGCAUUGAUGAUAAUGGCAUAAUGGUAUUAAAUCUUUUUUACCAGGUACACUGGCGUUCCAUACUGCCAGCAGAAUGGAAAUGGACAUUUUCAAUAAAUAUUAACAAACAAAUUAUUUUCUGGCCAUAAGUCUGAUAUAAAAUGAGUCAGGACUCAUGUUUGUUUUCAGUGUGAGACGUGUGUUUUUCCCUUAGUUGGAUAACCUUACAAAGAAUUUUAGCUGCUUAUGAAUAAGCACAUGGGGCAUCACAAGAGAAAUGGGUUAGAUAUCGUCAUUUACUCUGAGGACAGAAACAUUCGUGUGAAAGCUGAAAGCUGUGUUUGUUUGUUUUUUGGAACUUUCCUCUAAAUAUAUAUUACCCCUAGUAGGCUAGGGCAAGACAGAAAUACUUACGAAACACUACAAAUUCUUAAUGUCCUGAAUGUCUACUUUCAUACAAGCUUCAAGUUAACCACCACUGUGGAGUGACAUGAUGAAGAUAUUUAAUGCUGAACAUCAACACAACAAACAGACAGAAAUUCCAUUUUUUGGCCUCUGGGAAAAUGAGUAAAAGCCUUUCUUCUUCUUCCUCUUUUUAAAAAAUAAAUAA